CUAUUUUUUUUUUCAUUUAAUUGUUUUUUUUUAAGUAGUUUUACCUUUGAUAACCUUUCUCAUGUUCUAGAUGGACUUAAUACUAGCCAGGUUUUGAACUUAGAGCACAACUCCAAAAAAAUAAUAGCACAUAUUAGGAGUCAAAUACCUUUCCUUACCGUUAAAAACCGUUUUUCUUCUCUCUUUCUCUGAAGUCUCUUUGGUUUUGUUGAGAUUUAAAGGAAGGAAUUAAUUUGAAAGGGGCAUUAUAUGAUUGUGGAGUUAUUUAAAAAUGGGGUCUGUCGUUAGUCAAGCUGCUAAUGGAAUUGGAGGUGUUGUUGGAAAUGCUAUUGCGGUUCCGAUCAAGACUCUAUUCGGCGUUUCAUGCGAGGAUGUUUGUUCAGGACCAUGGGACUUAAUUUGUUUCAUCGAACACUUAUGCGUCUCCGAUCUGUUGAAACUGUUGAUGAUAUUUGCCCUCUCCUACAUGACUUUGAUGUUCUUCUACCUACUGUUCAAGAUUGGGGUUUGCCAAUGCAUAGGAAGAAGCCUUUGCAAGAUGUGUUGGGCUGCAUGUGAGACAUACUGGUUUGCUUUAAAAGAUAUUGCCUGUUUCUUAUGGCACAAGUUGAAGAACACAAAGCGGGUGAAUAGACGCCGACGAUUUCAAGACAUUGAAGCUGGCUACACUUCAAGUUCAGAAACUGAUUUUUCAGAAGAUUAUCAUCAUUUGGGUAGAAAACGCAAGUCAGCAAUGGAAGGAAGAAAAAUCUGCUCGCGGUCUUGGAGGUCUCUCCAUCCUUCAAGCAGGUUUGGCAGUCGAAAUAACAACCAUCGGCAGCACCAUCAGCACCAUGUCAGGUUGAAGACUAGGGAAAUCUCUGUUCAUGUCAAGGGUGGAUCGCGAAGACCAAGGAAUUCAAGACAGUUUCAGUUAGCUAGAUUAAGAAAUCCUCGAAGAAACAUGGGAAUGUUCAAAAGAAAGCGACUUAGAUGAUUAUAGUAAUGAAAUUUUCACUAGAUAAUGGUGAUGGUGUUGCUGAAAGUUUGUUCCAGAGAUUAUCAUUAGAACAGAUAUUAUUGGGAUUGAACAUGUUUAUUUGUUAAUAUAGGUGCUAAAACCGACUUUAAAAGAAGGUUAAAACCUUAAUUAGUUUUAAAUUGAAAAAAGUUCCUUGUUAAUUGCCAGCA